AUGGCGACUACCACAGCGCAUGUGCCGGAUCAGACGACAUACGAGGAGGCCCGAAAUGGCGCCGCCGCUUAUCUGCAGUCGCGACUCUUGGCGCAAGACCGUGUUGUCGACGAGAACUUCGAGAUUCCCAUUAUCGAUCUGACCCCUUCAUUCUCUGCUUCUCUUGAGGAUCGGCAAGUGGUAGCUGCACAGAUUCGUCGAGCCUGCACCACCUCCGGGUUCUUCUACAUCAGCAAUCAUCGCAUACCAGGAUCAGCCUGUGAUGGCAUCUUGCAUCAGGCUGAUCGCUUCAUGCACGAACUGCCGCUGAGCAAGAAAGAGGCUUUGCAUCUGAAGAACAACAAGUUUGGCUUGGGUUGGGAGCCGAGCGAGUAUACAUCCAUCGCUGGUGACAAGGAGGAGAAGGAAGUCUUCAACUUCGCAUACGAAGAGCGCCUGGACUUUUCUGGUGGCGAUGGCGAAUACAAGAAUCUCGACGGGUCAACCGAGAAGAGUAACAUGUGGCCUGAUGAACAAGACCUGCCGGGCUUUUAUGAAAACGUCCGUAAAUACUAUGGAGCUGUCCUCGAUCUCGCGCGUCACUUGUUCCGCCUGUUUGCGCUCUCUCUAGAUCUCUCUGAAGACUACUUCGACUCCAUGACUGGGCACCCAGGUGGUAUCGCACGACUUCUGUACUACCCGCCUCCCAAAACCCCUCUCACCAACAAUCUUACGCCAGCUCAAGAGGCGCAGAUCGGCCUCGGUGCGCACUCAGAUUACGAGUGCUUCACAUUGCUGCUCGCAUCGACCGUGCCAGGUCUCGAGAUCUUGAAACCUUCCGGCGAAUGGUAUAUCGCUCCGCACAUUCCCGACACCCUCAUCGUGAAUGUUGCUGACUUCCUCAUGCGCUGGACGAAUGGAUUGUAUAAGAGCACGGUGCAUCGCGUUGUAAACCGGACCGCGGAGGCAAGAUACAGUGUACCAUUCUUCUUUUCGGUGAACUAUGACACGGUGAUUGAGACGUUGCCGACGUGCCUGAAAGAGGGCGAGGAGAGUCCCUACAAGCCAAUCCGAGCGGGAGAAUACAUUCUGGAGAGGUUAAACGCGACGACGGCAUAUGGCGCAGGCUUUCAGCAGAAAGGGGAGUGA